CUCAGUCUGCACCUGUGGACGUCAGGUGCCGCCGCGCUCGUGGGGGGUCUACAAAACGUUUUCCUAACACAGUCUGACUCUUACAACUGUGAACGCCAGCGCUGCAUAGUGUGAUCUACACUGUUGCGAGGGACGACAGUCAUGGGACGGAGCCGCAAACUGUCCAGUAAGCUCCUCAAACGAACAGCUGAGAACCGACAAUCGGCUGAUGAGAAACAGUGUAACGAGGAUGAGCAACACACUGAGAAACAUCAGGAGAAUGGAGACAUACAACAGGCCGGCGAGCACCAACAGGCCGGCGAGCACCAACAGGCCGGCGAGCACCAACAGGCUGGUGGUGCUCUCACCAAAACCAAAACCCAUCGCUGUAACAUCUGCCAGUUGACAUUCGCCACAACAUUAAGCUUUGAAAGACACAUGAAGAGACAUGAAGCAAACAAACCACAUGAGUGCCAAGACUGUGACAAGAAAUUCGUAACAAAAUCUGGCCUCGAUAUUCACAGAAGAAAACACACAGGUGAGAGACCAUACAAGUGUGACAAUUGCUCAAAGGCCUUCACAACACGAUCAGUACUCAUUAUGCACAUGAGAGGUCACACAGGUGAGAAACCUUAUGAGUGCAAUAUUUGUGGUGCAAGGUUCACUCAGAGUGCAACUCGAGCUGACCACAUGCGGCGUCAUACAGGAGAAAAACAAUAUCAAUGUACCACUUGCCCAGAAAAAUUUGUUACGAGAAUAAAUUAUCGUGGGCACAUAUUGUUGUGUCAAAGAAAAAGUAAGAUUGAGUGUAAAAUAUGUAAAAAACAAUUUACCUCCAACCUUAAACUUAAAAACCAUAUGGUUAAACAUUCAAAUGAAAGACCAUUUGAAUGCGGAGAAUGUGGAAGAAAGUUUAAAAGCAAAAUUUCGGUGGCAAGUCAUCUAAAAUCCGUACAUUCAAAUGAAAAACCUCACAAGUGUGACAUAUGCAUGAAAAGAUUUGCAGUAAGAAGUUCUCUUAUCUUGCACACGAUGACUCAUACUAAUAUUGGCAGAGUUCAGUGUGAACAAUGUGGAAGGAUGCUCAACUCUAAAAGACAUGUUCUCCGUCACCAAACUUCACAAACUGGAUGCAAGAGAAACUAUGUUUUUAAACCAUUCUUUUGUAAGCUAUGUGGAACCCAGUUUAAUAAUGACAGCACCGCUCGAAAACAUAGAAGGAUCAUGGAUUGCACGAAAACACAUGUACGUUUCUUAUGUGACUUCUGUCGUGAGGACUGUAAAACAUACGAAGGACUUCUAACGCAUCUGCUUGAUCAUGCUGAACCUGGAAGGAAAGGUUAUGACAACUUACUCCAUAGAAUGACUCAUAGCAAAAAACGUAUCAAUCCAGCCUGGGUAGUGAAGGUUUACAACUCUGAUACAGUUAGUACGUCAAGAGACAGCAGUGGUGCUUACAUUAAUAUCGACCAACGGCAAGUCACAAGCGUCCCUACUGACCAUACACCAGCUGUUCACAACAGCACAGCUGUGCACCAUCAACGAGACAAUGUAGUCUAUCACAAAACAGCUAUAGACCAUCGCAAAACGGUUGUAGACCAUCACGAAACAGCUGUAGACCAUCACAAAACAGCUAUAGACUAUCGCAAAACAGCUAUAGACCAUCACGAAACAGUUGUAGACCAUCGCGAAAUAGCUGUAGAUUAUCACAAAACAGCUAUAGACUAUCGCAAAACAGCUGUAGACCAUCACGAAACAGAUGUAGACCAUCACAGAACAGCUGUAGACCAUCACAAACCAGCUGCAGAUCAUCAUAAAACAGCUGUAAACGUCUUAUCUCAGGAUUCGUGUUUUACUGGUGAAACUAAUUUUGAUAAGAUAAACACGAAUGAUAAGCUAAAUAAGUAUGAGGGUAGAAAAUAUCUCGGAAAUACAGAAGCAUAUUAUAAUUUAGACAGUAAUCACAUGAAUGGUAUAUGGGGAACAUGUCGAGUUCUUGGCAACAACUAUAUUUUAACCAGGGAACUGCAGGUGAGGGAUAAAUGUGACAUAGGAGUGAUCAAACAUGCUUGUGUGAUGCACAGAUGUUAUCCCAUGAUUAGGGAGGCAGAAGAAGUGGGUCUAAAAGUGGAGACAGAGGAUUAUAACUUAGAAAGUAAACACAUUAAUGGUAUAUGGGGAAGAUAUCAAGAUCUUGGCAACGACUGUUAUUUAACCAGGGAACUCAAGGUGAGGGAAAAAUGUGACAUAGAAGUGAUCAAACGUGCUUGUGUGAUGCAGAGAAGUUAUCCCAUGAUUAAGGAAGCAGAAGAAGUGAGUGUGAAAGAGGAGAAUGAGACAGUGGAUAAAUGGGAAGAAGAGCCGGAGAUGCAGAAGACAUCAGAUAGACAGUUCCUAGAGAGCACCUCACUCCUCAUCGUCAACGGUAUCACCACAAUCAAGCGUGAAGCGCCUCAUCCUGUUCCUCACACUUCAGUACCUCAUUAUUGAUAAUAUGUUCGACCAUCCAACAACUGACUACCUCACAGCCUCACCCUUGGCUACCUAAAGCUUGACUGUCCUGUACUCUAUCACCUUUAUAUUGCUUAUCAUUAGAUACAUUUCUUGAACAUUUCACAUUUGUUAGUUUACUUCUUGUUUAGUAUUGUCUUCAUUCCAUUUUAUCUAUAACAACAAAAUUAACUGAAUUAUUUUAAGUUUUGCCUGAAAUGCUUUGCGUAUUAAUGGCUUUAUUUAUUAUCAUUAAUAUUAUAUUAUUAUUAUUUACACAAGCAGGUCACACUAGCGUGAUAUAUCAAUGAAAAAAAUUGGAGCAAGACGUAUUGUAGAUUCGAUUGAAUCCCAUCUUGAAUAACUUUUACAAUGUUGUUGUCCAGAGGUAAGGUGCACGGCUUGGGAGUACCCUGGUCGAGGGUUCGAAAUUAUUCGAAUUUCGGAUAUCUCUUUCUCCUCUCGCUGAAAGAAGAGUGAACCAAGUAUACUACCCUGCAGAACGCCAAUGUAUAUUGGUAAAACAGGAGAAGUAGACUCGUUCACUGAAACAUACUGUUGCCUGUCACUGAGGUAAGAUUGCAAGUACUGUAGAGAGUGGCUUCUGACUCCAUAGUGUUGGAGUUUGAGAGAAGGUUAUUGUGGUUAAGUGUCAAACGCAUUACCUAGGUAAACAAACAGAGAAAUGUGGUACACAUUUUUCUCAAGAGCUGCAUGUAAUAGGUUAAGCAUAUUUAUAAGAGCAUCACUGGUGCUUUUAUGGGGCAUGAAGCCAUAUUGGCUUGAACUGAGUAUAUUGUGUUUAUCGAGAAACGAAUAGAGCUGUUUGUACAGGAGCUACUCAAAGAUUUUGGACAAGGUGGGAAGGCCUGAUAUUGGUCUGAAAUUGUUGAUUUCGGGGAGAUCUUCACUCUUAUGGACUGAAAUGACUUAAGCAAGUUUUUUUAAGAGCAUCAGGGAAGGCUUGGAGCUCCAGAGAUUUAUUGUAGAGCAACGCUAUUGCAGGAGCUAGAAACCUGGAGGACUUUUUAUAGAUUACGGUUGGUAUCUCGGAAGGGUUACAGGAUUUAGUUUUAAGUGACAGGGUAAUAUAAAAAAAUAUAAGGAGUUAGCUGGGAACAUGUACAGAGGCUCACAAUAGCUGUCAGAGAGGUUUCCGCUCACAUUACUAGGGAUGCUGGGAUCUCAUUUGCCAAGGAGGUGCCAAUGGAAGAAAAGAAACUAUUGAAUUUAGUAGCUGUCUCAGCGCCUGAUAACAUUCUACUAUUUCCAGCUAGGAAUAUAUAUAAUUUUUUUUAUCCAAGUUCUUCUUUGACCCUAAUAUCUGGGAAAUAGUGUCCCAUAUUUUCUUCUUGUUACCUUUUAUAAGUUUAAAAUUAUUUUCAUAGUGGGUUGCCUUGACUUUUUUUAAUAUCUUAGAAAGCAGUGAGGAGUAUUGCUUAGUCAAUUCCCUGGGAAUGAUAUCAAGCCUGCAUUUCUUCUCAUAUUAUUUUUUUUUAUUUAUUUAAGUAAGUAAAACCUUAUUGAGUCAAGAGUUGAUGGCCCUUUUAGUUGAGACUUGCUUACUAAGUAAACGACAGUUAUAGAGGCUUCGAGUUGUGCGAAGAAAUGUCUGCGCUCUUAGAUUAACAUUAGUCAUAUUUCCAAAUUCCGUUUCCCAGUUUAUGUUGCAGCAGCAGUUGUAAAAUUACUUAUGGAAGCUUCAGUAAGCAGUCUAAAGCUUGUUUUCUUUGUUUGAGGAGAAGGUUAAAAAAUGUCGGUUAGGAGAAAUGUUGGGUAGUGGUCUGUUGUAUCAUCGGCGAUUAUUCCUGAGCUUAGUGGAGAGGUUAAGGUAGUCCAAAUGUGGUCAAGGGUGGAGGCAGUUUCAGUAAUUCUCGAGGGUUUAGUAAUCAAAGGCAAAAACAUACAGGAGUUCAUACAGUUGAGGAGGCUGGCAACAAGUGGGUUAUCAGGCUGGCAUAGAUCAAUGUUGAAAUCUCCAGUUAAUAUUAGUUGAUUUUUGUUAAGCUUGUUUUAUAUUAUUAAGGUUCUAGGCUUCGAAUUUUAUUCGGCUACAACAGUAUUAGGAAUUCUGUAGACUGCUCCCAAAGUUAAGUUGGUGUUCAGGCCCUUCAAUUUGAACUGGGAAAAUAUAUACUCUCCAUGUAUAUAUACUAUAUAUAUACUAGAUUUGAUCAUUUUUGUACGUGAUAGUUCCAUAUGGUAAUAAAUUAAAUUGAAUGCACUAAAUUGUUAAAUUAGUGUACCACCCACCUCUCUGGUUAGGUCUACAGUUGUGGAUAGCAGAAUAAUUGGGAAUAUUAUAUAGUUGGGUAAUGUCAUCAUUUAACCAGGUCUCAAUAAGAACAACAAGGGAGAAUUGGUAGUUUAGUGAUUGCAAUAAGGUACCAACAUCAUCAUGGUGUUCGCUAAAGAGGCCUUGCAUUGAUGUUAAUUAGAGACACAUUAUGGUUAUUUGAUAAUACAUUGUUGGCAAGUUUUGCUCUGUAGUACUUACAGUUGGUAUCGUUAAAGUGAUGGUUGUGAUAGACAGUACAUGAGAGAUUCAGUUGAGGGUUAUUAUAGUUGAAUGUAAUUCAGUUUCGAGCAGCCUAUAUGUCAGUGUUCUAUUUCACGUGAUUUUGUUUGUAGAACAAUUUACAUUUUUAUAACUAACUUUUACGCUAUUAUUGAUGUUAUAUUACUGAAUAAAUUUAUACCAAUU